AGGCAGAUAAGCAGUAAUUAUUAUCUAGACUGUAUUAUGAACCUUCCCUUUAGUUUACAUUUUUGUUGCAGGAGCUGCUGCCCCCUCUCUUGGUGUAUGGUAUGACCUUCCUACUGGGUGUAGCGGGGAACAUUCUUAUUCUCUUCGCUGUACUCCGCAGAAAGUCAAUGAAAAAUCCAACCAACACGUUUCUCGCAAGCUUGGCAAGUGCAGACCUACUGCUUAUCCUACUCUGCCUCCCAGUUAAGUUGUACAAACUGUUCACGUUUACAUGGCAGUUCGGAGGCACUAUCUGCAAAGGGAUCUACUACAUUCAGGAUGUAUCGGCAAUAUGUUCUGUGCUAAACCUAACCGCAAUGAGCUUAGAAAGACAAACAAAAAGUAAAGUGUGCAAACUAAAAGCGAGAAAAGUAGUUUGUUCUACAUGGGCUCUAUCUUUUACUCUUGCACUUCCUCGCAAUUGGAUACAGGUACAGGUUGAGGUAGGGAACGAUAUCGAUGGAUAUUCCUUCUGGUGUGUUCCUGACUGGUCUAACACUAAACACUGGUUAUGGUUCCAGAUAUAUAUGCUCACACUGGUUCUCAUCCUUCCUACUAUAGUCAUGUCGGUAGCAUACACAUCCAUAUCCAUUCAGGUAGUUAAGGGUUUAAGACAGAGAAGAGGGUUUGUACCUGAACGAAGAAACUUGCCUCAGCUCAAUACUAACAUUGAUCGAGGACGACCCUCACUGGAGGACGAAUUAAUGAUCCCUCUCCAGGUUCGAUCCAAUUCUACUCCUGCUAGAAGAUCGCUCUCUCGCUCUGUCUCCAGGAUUCGGUCGUCUAAAUCUCCGGGCUCUCUCUUUCUCCGAUCCCGGCGUGGAUCCUCAGUCCUGGAUCAGAGAACCAGGAUGGAGAACGGUUCUCUGGUUAGGAACUCAUCCGUUCAGUCUCAGGGAGGACGGAUUAACUCAAACCCUCAUGUGAGGAAGGUUGUCAGGAUGCUUGUUCUCGUAGUUCUAGUUUUCAUUCUUUGCUGGAGUCCACUCCUCAUUUACGAUCUACUCCAGGCGUUCGGUUCCAUUCCAAUUCAUCCCUUUGGUUAUCACAAGCAUAUCAAAACUGUGUUCAGCUUAUUGGCUUACUUUAACAGCUGUAUAAACCCUGUAAUCUAUGGGUUUAUGUCUAAAACCUUCAGAAUGAGUUUCCUUGAAACGUUCAAGGAGUGGACCCAAGGUUGUAACAGCGGUGGAUCAGAGAGGAACAGCAGAAACAGCGAAAGACGAUCAGGAGACGGUAGAAUGGGGGAGAACAAGUGUACGUGUGAUGACCCUUUCUCAAUAUGUAAACUUCACACGGUUCAAAGGGAUCUCCGAGGAAUACUAGAGGUGGAUGAAGCACGUAUUGAAGAACUGAACAACCUGCACCAGGAAAGGUUUCUCCUAGAUCCGUCCCAGAGAAUCAAUCCGUCCUUGCAACUCUGGAACCUGGAGAAUAGUGAGGUCUCUAUAUAUCCGUUUCAUACCAUUCGGAGACAUAACAUGGAUAGUUCAAACAAGGCACAAGAUAUACUUUCUCUCCGUGAAGAGUUCAAGGCGAAAAUGGAUUCCAAUUCCCAAACUGAAUACCAAACUGCAUCUCAAGAACACAAUGGGGGUUUGUCCGAAAUCAAUUCAAAACCAGACAUUAAAUCCCAAUCUCCAAAUAAAAAUCAAGCUCACGUUGAAAAACAACGCAAUAGUUUCCAUUCCCAGAACGAAUCCCAAGCAGUAGAGGAAUCUCAAACAUACCUGGAAUCUCAAGCAGACAAUGAAUUUCAAUCCCAAAGCAACUCCCAAGCAGUAAAUAAAUCCCAAACAUACCUUAAAUCUCAAGCAGACAACGGAUUUCAACCCCAAAUCGAAUCCCAUCAUAAAGAGGAAUCCCAAGAAUACCUUGAAUCUCAAGCAGACAAUGAAUUUCAACCCCAUAUCAACUCCCAAGCAGUAGAAAAAUCCCUAACAUACAUUGAGUCUCAAGCAGACAACGGAUUUCAACCCCAAAUCGAAUCCCAUCAUGAAGAGGAAUCCCAAAAAUACCUUGAAUCUCAAGCAGACAAUGAAUUUCAACUUCAAACCAAAUCCCAAAGAGACAGUGAAUCCCAAGAAUCUCAAGAAAUCGAUGGAUUACGAACUGAAAAUAAAUCUCAAUUAGACAAAAAUUCGCAAGAAAUCAACGAAGUUCAAUCAACCCACAAGUCCCAACAAGAAAAUGGAGUCCAAACAAAAAGUGGAGUUCACUCCCAAAACAAUUCAAACCCUCACAAUUGUUUCCAAAAACAAAAUGCAGAAGAGUUGUUGCAUAACGAUCAAGGAUUCGUUCAUAAUGAAAAAGAUUUACCUCACCUUAAUGAAAAAGACCUGAAACCAAACGUAGAAAACUUCCUACACCUUGGAAAGUUAAAAAGCACGGUUGAAGUGAACGGUUUAAGCUCAGAACUUGAUACUGGGAUAAAGUUGAAGUCUGAGCCUGGAGAUACCACCAAUCCUUAAUCCCCUUCAGUUCUUCAUCCUUGAGCAUCCUGUAGAAUUGUAGCAGAUAACAGAAAUGAUGCGGAACACCAGAGACAAAACUACAGAUUAAAAAGAUGAAGAGAAAAUAGAAAGAACGGAUGACACACUCUGAAGAGUUUAAUGUAUGAAGAAAUCAACUACAUGAGUAACAUGAGUAACAUGAGUAACAUGAGUAA